AGGACACAAAUGGCCCCAACUUUGAAAUUAAUGGACAACUUUGGCCUAAUUCUAACUUUGACCGUCAAUACUAACGAUCAACUCAUUUAAGGGGUCGUUGGGAAGUUGCGUAUGUUAAAUCUUUGUAUUGUUAUGAAUCACUAUGAUAUAAAUGCAUGCAUUGAUACAAUAGAUGUAUUUUGAAAUUACAUUGUUUGGUUGUUGAGAUUAUAAUUUAUGAAUUGAUUGUUAUAAAGUUACUUUAUAAAAAAAUGUCAUAUUUGUCCUCCACUUUUAAUAUAAAACAAAAAGAACUAUGAACAUAAUUGGAAAAAGUAAAGGUGCUCAAUUAUUAAACCAACAAUCACAAUAAUCUCAACUUUUAGUUGAGAAUUGAGAUUGUACAAUCCCUCAUUUUUGUUGAUUGUUGGUAGGACUCACACAAAACAAUACAUGCAUUGUUUUGCAACUUGACACUUCCAAACGUUGUAUUGUGGACAAUACAUGUAUAUAACAAAUACAACACUAACAAUCGCAACUUCCAAACGAACCCUAAAUAAAUACUAGAGUUUCAGUAACAGCAAGAGAACUUGAAUUGAAUUGAAACACCAAACAAGAAGAGGACUCAAACAGUAGAGGAUCCCAUAUUAGCUUGAGUCCCUGGAAACAAGCCCCAACUCAAGCUACCCAAACACUUAAUCCGAACCCAAUCCAAGAACUCCCAAAGAACUAACCAGUUCUAACUGAGUUGAGGAAACCGUCAAGUUCUCCAUUGACAGGAGUGGUCUUUAUAUAGAAUCAGCAACACCAUUCUUCCGUCUCUUUCCUCUUCAAUUCUUUUUACCGUUUGAUCGAAGUAAUGAAGGGAGAGAGCUGAUGCACGAGAGACCUGCAGAACCCUUGACUGUUUGAUUUUGAUGAUGAUGAUUGGAGGCGACAACGCGACUAGGGAUAUUGACGAGGUCAGGGAAAACACUACGCAUCGGGUGGGCCUUUUUGAAUGAAUGGGCCUCUUGGUUAUGAGAAUAUGGACGAGGCAAGGCCCAACGAUCUCCCCCUGCAUUGAAGCCUUCAUUUUUGCAAACAUCCAAAUCAUUCAUUGUGAUACCUAGUUCCGCAGACUACCCAGAAUCAAGAUGGACUUUCAUUUCAUGAUGUAAUGCAAUUAAGACACAACAAAAGAAACGUACUUAGACCAUUAUGGUCUUAAACAAGAAAUACACCCAGUGGACCAUUAUGGUCAAGAAACACACACACUUAAGACACAUUACUCUGCUUAUUACAAUUCCUUUUAUUUCUCUAAGACAUCUUUCUUAGAGGAUUGUAUUCAAAUGAUAGUUCCCCAGACUCUCCCUAAGUUUCAGCAUUCUGAGUUUCAACAUCCUGAUGAUGGUUGUCCUGUGUCUCCCCCUGAGUUCCAAACAGUAGCUGGGAAUAGUCGAUCUUUCGUCCAGUGAGGGCAUUGGAUAGGACCCAGAGGUCAAGCUUGGUGACAAUGUGCAGUCCAUGGUUACGGGGUAAGAAUAGAUGGGUGAUGAAAUAGUGGAGAGUGCGUAGAGUAGGGUUCAGAUCAGUCGAGGUGAUAAUUUCAUGUGCCCCUAUUGGACGCUGAGUGAUAUGAGAAUAUUCGAUCACAUGAUCAAAAUCAUAAAAUAAAAACUCAUCUUCAUGAGCAAGAGGAAGGGGUCCUCCAGUGGGAAGAUUCAGAAGAGUGCCAAUAGCUUCAGAAGUAAGGGAAAUGAAGUACACAUUGACCAAAGUGGAGAGUUUUCUAGUGGUGAUCCCCUGACAGUCCAGAUUGGCAUAGAAAGUGCGAACUGGAAGUGGGCAAGCAGCAAGGGGAGGGUAGUGAAGAAGGAAUUCCCAACCCAGGUUUCAUAUGAAUGGUGUAAUAUCGAUCCCAUGAAAUUUGAAUUCAAACAGAUCGAGGGUAAUGGAAUCAGACAGAGGGCGGGAUGCAUAAAAUUCUUUGAAACGAUGAAGAUUGAAAUCAACAGGCUCAUUGAAUGUUCGUCCAACAUAGGUAACAAUAGCACCAAGAAUGUUGGAGGAUGUGAAGAGCUCAGUCAUAAUGAAGAGCGUCAGUAGGUGACAAAGAGAGUGAGACGAAGGGGAGAGGGGGAGAUGAAUUAUAUAGCUAAGUAAGAAUAUCAAGAGUUGCAACAAGGUUUAUAGAAAAUCACAGUUCAUCAAGAAACUAAACAUCACAUGCAUGAACUAGCAAUUAUUAGAAGAACAGAGCAGACAUAUAUGAAAUCACUCAAUGGACUAGUAAGAGUAAAUACAUAAGUAAAGGAAGAACAGAACCUGGUUUAGUGACGGUCUUGGAUGGAGCGAAGUCACUGAAGACCAAGUUCAUCACACAGUCUUAUGAAACGUUCUGAGGAUAGUGCUUUAGUUAAGAUGUCCGCAAUUUGAAAUUCAGUGGAAAUGAAAUUUAAUUCAAUAUGACUUGCUUGUAUUAUAUCUAUGAUAAAGUGGUGUUUUACCUCAAUAUGUUUGGUUCUACUGUGAUGAACAGGAUUUUUAGACAUACAUAUGGCACUAGUGUUAUCACAGAAAACAUAAAUUUGUUCAACCUUGAUACCAUAGUCAACGAGUUGGGAUUUUAACCAAAGCAUUUGAGUGCAGCAACUCCCUGCAGCAACAUAUUCUGCCUCAGCAGUAGACAGGGCUAUAGAUCCUUAUUUUUUACUUGACCAUGACACAAGAGAAAGACAAAAAAAUUGACAAGUACCACUGGUACUUUUUCUAUUUGUAAUGCUCCCAGCAAAAUCAGAGUCAGAGUAUCUAAUAAGAGAUGAAGAAUCAAACUUAGGAUACCACAGACCUAGAUCACUUGAACCCUUUAAGUAUCUAAAAAUUCUUUUCACAGCUGUUAGGUGACUAUUUUUGGGUUGAUGUUGAAAUCUGGCACAUAGGCAGACACUGAAUUGAAUAUCAGGUCUGCUGGCUGUAAGAUAGAGUAAAGACCCUAUCAUGCCUCUAUACUUUCUUUCACAUACAGGUUGCCCAUUUAAAUCAUAAUCUAAGUGAGUAUUUGAGGCUAUGGGGGUUUUGCAUGGAUUGACAUUUAAUAAAUCAAAUUUGGAUAGCAUGGAUUGAAGAUACUUAGUCUAAUGAAUGAAUAUCCCUAGGUCAGAUUGAUGAAUUUGCAGACCAAGGAAGAAGUUUAAUUCCUCAUGAGGCUCAUUUCAAAUUUAUUUUUCUUGGCAGAGCAGAAUUCAUCACACAUGUUUGAGUCAGUGCUACCAAAGACUAUAUCAUCCACAUAAACCUGGACAAUCAAAGAGUGUUUAUUCUGUUAUUUAAUGAAAAGAGUCUUGUCGACCCCACCUUGACAGAAUCCUUGUGAAAUCAGAAAGGAAGUCAGUUUUUCAAACCAAUCUCUGGGAGCUUGUUUAAGACCAUACAGAGCUUUAGACAGUUUGAAAACAUGAUCAGGAAAUUCACAGUCUGUAAAUCCAGGAGGUUGUUCAACAUAUACAUCCUCCUUGAUUUCACCAUUUAAGAAGGCACUUUUAACGUCCAUUUGAAAAUUUUUAUGUUCAUAUAACUAGCAUAGGCACAUAGAAGUCAAAUGGAUUCCAGGAGAGCAACAGGGGAAAAAGUUUCAUCAUAGUCUAUGCCCUCCUCCUGAUUGUAUCCUUGGACCACUAGACGAGCUUUGUUUUUGAUAAUGCAUCCUAGUUCAUCUGACUUAUUUCUAAAAAUCCACUUAGUACCUAUAACAGUGAUGUUACCAGGUCGAGGGACAAGUUCCCAGACAUUUAACCUAAUGAAGUGAGAUAGUUCUUCUUGCAUAGCAAGCAACCACUCUUCAUCAAGAAUUGCUUCUUUAUAGUUUUUAGGUUCAGGCAAAGAAACAAAUGCAUACUGACCUGGGAUGUGCUUACCUUUGGUGUGGAUAGGAUCUGUCAAUUUACCUAUGAUUUGUGAAGGUGGAUGCCUUUUUCUAAUGUGGGCUGGAGCUUCAAGAUUUUCCAGAUUUUCAGUCGAAUCUGUCUCAGGAGGUACUGAGGAGUUGGACUCGAUACCAUGAGAUUCCUCACUGUUGGAUGCAUUUCCUGUCUCAAGAGAAGUGCUAAGGGGCAGAAAUUCAUAGUUAUUGAUAUCAGAGUGCAAGGGAAGAGAUGGAUGGGAUGAGUCAAAACGAAUAUGCACUGACUCUUCAACUUUUCUAGACCUUCUAUUGAAGACCCUGUAUGCUUGACCUUUACUAGAAUAUCCAAGAAAGGUACCAAUAUUAGACUUGGCAUCAAAUUUUCCAAUUGAGUCUUUAGUGUUUAAAAUGAAGCAUUUGGUUCCAAAAGGAUGAAAAUAAGAAAGCUUAGGGGUUUUUCCUUUCAAGAUUUCGUAAGGAGUCUUGUUAAUAAUCUUACGAAUAGUGGUGCGGUUUAAAACAUAAUAGGCAGUAUUAACAGCUUCUCCCCAGAGAAACUUGGGACAAUCAAAUUCUAAGAGCAUGGUUCGAGCAGUUUCAAUGAGAGAUCUAUUUUUCCUCUCCACAAACCCAUUAUGUUGUGGAGUUCUAGGAGCUGAGAAGGUGUGAAGGAUACCAUGUUGAUCACAGAAACAACUAAAAUCAUCAUUAAUGAAUUCACCACCAUUAUCACUCCUAAUACUCUUAACUUGGCAGUCAUAUUGUUUUUGAACAAGAAUAACAAAGGACUUAAACUUUGAGAAAGCUUCAUCUUUGGAUGACCGAAAGUAUACCCACGUGAAUCUAGAAUAGUCAUAAACUAUAACAAGCACAUAAGAUUUUCCACCAAGACUUUGGACAUUGGUGGGUCCAAAUAGAUCCAUAUGUAAUAGUUCAAAAGACACUAUAGUAGUAACAUCCUGUUUACUUUUGAAUGACUUUUUGCAAUAUUUUCCUAAAAUGCAAGCUUCACAUGUGAAUUUGUCUAAUGCCUUGAUUAGAGUCAGAUCUCUAACAAUGUUAAGUUUAGAGAGUUUAACAAGACGAGACAUACUCAUGUGACCUAGUUUUCUAUGCCAAUUGAUUACAGUGUCAGACAAGGAACUCAGACAUAUAUCCUCUGAGAGAUCCAGCAUUUUCAGAGAUGCGUUCAAUGAUGUAGCAGAAGGGAUCAAAAGUAAACGGUAUGUAGACCCACAAAUUUGACUAAUAGAAUGCAAAUUAUGCUUUAAACCAUCAACAUACAGAACAUCUUCUAUUAUGAGAGAAGAAUUGCUGCUAACAGUUCCCUUCCCAACAACUGAAGAACAAUUAUUAUUGCCAUAGAAAACUUUACCUCCUCUUUUUGGAUUUAGAUAAGAAAACAGAUCUUUGUUA